AUGGAACAUCUCAAAAGUACAAUUAUUCACGAAAAAGUCCAUCAGACGAAAAAUUAUAGCUCUAAAACCAUUACAACACAUACUGCGGUGCAUUGGAGCGGAGUGAAGUGGAGGGGAGAGCGAAGUGGGAGGGGUGCUCAGACGGAGGGGAGUAAUCCCAUAAUUAUCGGCUUAACUCGAGACGACAUUCGCAGGAUCCUGGUACCGCCGUCGUUCUCAAUGACCGCAACUAAGUUCUUCAGUUACAAGUACGUCACUUUGCACUAUGGGCUUCGGAUUUUGAACUCAGCAGCGUCGACCUCUCUUGUAACUACGGACAUUCUUCUACGAUACACACAGCUACAGAAUGUAAUAUUAAAAUUAAUAUACAACACCUGUGGUGCAUACCCAUACGGGUAG